AUGGGGAAAGAUUUCAAGAGUUUGGUUACUCGAUGCAUCUACGUUGGGAAGAUUGAUGAUAAUGUGAAGAAGCUGAAAAUCGCGACGGAAGAGCUAAAAGAUCUUGGGAGCAACGUGAUGAAAAGGGUCAAGAUAUGCGAGGAGCAACAACAGAUGAAGCGGCUAGAGAAAGUCCAAGCAUGGUUAAGACAAGCCGACACGGCUAUUAAAGAAGCCGAAGAGUAUUUCUUGAUGUCUUCCUCGUCUUCUUCUUCGAGCCACGGUUUGAUAUCUUCAAGCCACAAGAUGGAGAAGAAGGUUUGCAAGAAGCUGAAAGAGGUUCAAGAGAUUAAGAGUAGAGGAAUGUUUGAGGUUGUUGCGGAAAGCGUCGGAGGCAUUGGAGGAGGAGGAAGUGGAGUAACGGUUAAGGACAAUGAUGAGGAGACGGUAGGGUUAGAGGCGGUUUCGGGUUUGGUGUGGAGGUGUUUGACGAUGGAUAACACUGGGAUGAUUGCAUUGUAUGGUGUGGAAGGUGUGGGAAAGACGACGGUGUUGACUCAGGUUAAUAACAGGUUGCUUCAACAGAAAGCAAAUGGGUUUGAUUUUGUUUUGUGGGUGUUUGUGUCCAAGAAUCUGAAUCUUUUGAAGAUUCAAGACACCAUUAGGGAGAAGAUUGGGUUUUUGGAUAGGACGUGGACGAGUAAGACAGAGGAAGAGAAAGCUGCGAAGAUCUUUGAGAUCUUGAGUAAGAGACGUUUCGCUUUGUUUCUUGAUGAUGUUUGGGAGAAAGUUGAUCUUGUGAAAGCUGGAGUUCCACCACCCGAUGCACAGAACCGUUCUAAGGUUGUGUUCACGACGUGUAGCGAAGAAGUUUGUAAGGAGAUGAGUGCGCAGACGAAGAUCAAAGUGGAGAAAUUGGCGUGGGAGAAAGCUUGGGACUUGUUUAAGAAGAAUGUUGGAGAAGAGACUGUGAACAGCCACCCGGAUAUAGCCAAGGUGGCUCAGGAGGUUGCAGCCAAGUGCGACGGUCUUCCUCUAGCUUUGGUCACUAUUGGCCGAGCCAUGGCUUCCAAGAAAACGCCACAGGAGUGGCAUGACGCUUUGUACAUCUUGAGUAACUCUCCUCCUAAUUUCUCAGUUCUCAAGUUACUGGACAGGAACUAG